AUGCUCGCCUGCGCACUUUUCUCGUUUUUACUUCUUGUUGGGGUUCAAGCCCAACCUUCUCCAGAGCUCCAAAAGCGCAUUUCUGCCGCUAUCGCAGCGGCAGCGAAUGAAUCCAAUCCAGAUUAUACCGCCUUCGUCAAUCCUUUCAUUGGAACAGAUGACUUCGGCAAUCCCUGGAGCCUCGAUCCCAUUCGGGAUGACAAAGUUUUCACUGACAUGACUGGAUAUGCACCUGCUGGCUAUGUGGCCAACCCAACGCAAUUUGUCCGUGGCUUGAGUCCGUUGCAUGACAGUGGCACUGGAUCAUCCUUGGGAACCUACGGCAAUUUUGAGAUCAUGCCCUCUCUUUGUCCGAAUGGAUUCAACGCUUGCAAUACUACGUUGGCUGCCCGUCAAAGGCUUCGCAAGAAUAACACAGAUGACGCAUCCCCUGGUUACUUCGCACUCACUCUAGACAACGAAAUCAAGAUGGAAGCGACUGCAACCCGUCGCGCAGGGCUCGAAAGGUUUACAUUUCCAGAAGGCUCCAAACUGUAUUUCGUUCUGGAUCUGGCGAACGACCUGCCAGCAUCGUUCGCGGGCGGGCAGUUAACAAUCAACCCUGACGUUGGACGAAUCACUAUCGGUGGACGCUAUGGCUCGAGUUUUGGGCCUGGAAGAUUCAAUUAUCAGGCCUUCGCGUGCUACGAUCUCCUCGAUGGCGGACGACAGAAGCUCGACGAAUACGGUGUGUGGACUGGAGACCUGGUCGGCCUGGACGCCAAAGGACUUGGCCAAACCCGCCUCAACCUCUCUCUCAACCUCAUCGGUGGCAUAUAUCAAUCCGGAGCACUCUUUUCCUAUGACAACAAUCCGACGACUGUUAACAUCCGAGUGGGCGUGUCAUUUGUCUCGGAGGAACGGGCCUGUGAAAAUGCCGAGACGGAAAUUGGUUCAGCAACUUUCGAGGAGAUCCGUGAACGGGCAAGGCUUCUGUGGCUGGAGAAACUCUCAAAGGUGGAGAUCGACGUCGCCAACACGUCACCGAAUGUUACAGAGAUGCUCUAUUCCUCUCUGUAUCGUGCUUCAUUGACCCCGAACAACGCAACUCUGGAAGCCCAAGGCCUAUUCGCAGAUACGACAUCCUUCUAUUUCGACUCUCUGUAUUGCAGUUGGGACACAUUCCGGACCUUCUUCCCACUUCUAUCCCUACACUCUCCUGUUGAAUUCGCUCAAAUCGUAGAAACGGAUGGACUCAAGGAGGCCAGUUCGGCGUAUAUAUUCCGCAUGUCCAUAGACGCUCAACUUUUUUUAGGCUCCAGCGCAGACAACAUAGUUUCUCAUUUCACUGUCUACUAUCAUAAUGAAGCUCAGCAAUUAGGCAUCGACUUGAAUGAGCUAUAUGCUGCUCUAGUCACAGAUGCAGAGGUCAACCCUCCCGAAUGGAAUAUCCAAGGUCGCCAGGUCAACGUCUACAAGCAAUAUGGAUAUGUGCCAUUCGCAGUCCUUGACGUGUCCAGCACGGGCAGACAGACUCGAGAAGGCAGCAGGACGCUUGAGUAUGCUUUCGAAGACUUCGGAAUUAGACAAGUAGCCCAGCUCCUGGGGAAUCAAGACGAUGUUGAAAAGUAUACUAAUCGUUCACUGUUCUACCGCAAUGUCUGGGACCCAUCCACUGAGAGUGAUGGGUUCAAAGGAUUCUUCCAAAAACGCUACUCGAAUGGCACAUUCGCUUUCCAAAAUCCUAUCAAUUGCUCUCCCAAUGACAGGAAUCAGUCUCGCCCAUGCUCUUUACAAGGCACGAACGUCAAUGGUUUUUACGAAUCGUCUUCUUGGGAAUACAGCUGGUACGCUCCGCACGACACUGCUCACCUUAUUGAACUCGUGGGUGGAAACGAAACGUUUGUAAAACGGCUUGACCAUUUCUUUGAUGCUGGUUACUACCUCGCUGGGAAUGAGCCCUCUUUCCAAAUCUCCAAGACCCCAGUAGGAUACCACUAUGCCGACCGCCCCGCUCAAUCUGUGGACCGUGUGCGAGAGGUUGUUUUCGACAACUUUGACAUCACUGCCGCUGGGCUUCCGGGGAAUGAUGAUCAGGCAGCAAUGGCUUCUCUCCUCGCAUUCCACCUGUUAGGGCUUUACCCAGUCCCGUCCACAACACACCUACUCAUCCUCUCGCCCUUCAUCCCCAAGUACACCAUCCACAACUCGUUCUUGAACAUUAGCACUACCGUCACGGUCGUUAACUUCGACCCCAAGUCCGUUCAAAAGAAGAAUCCCUCCAGGAGUGUCCGCGUAUGUGCAGAAUGUGACCAUCAACGGAGUGCCCUCUGCUUCGCGCUGCCAUUUUGA